ACGACUCACGGUAAAGUUUAAUGUACUUUUCAGGCAACGACGUCGUUCCUAUCAUUCUAGCUUUCUGUACUUUCUUCAACACUGGCCACGCCACUUUCUAGCUUUCUUUACUUUCUUUACUCUUGGCAACGACGUUGUUUCCUAUCUAUUCAUCCUGCUCGAUCUCCGUCGCAGUUCACCAUCAAGGACAAUCUUCGGGAAGAAAAAGGGAUUGUGGCUUUUUCUUACAGUAGUAGUUUCAUGGAUGAGUACUGUGAAAGCUAUGACAUGUUGGAUGAUGUGAAAAGGUCAAAGCUGUGGGCUCAGACCGCAAGAAUUAUGGAGGAGAAGGGCAAGGACCCGGAUUACGAGCAUAUGCUGCGCUAUAUUCUGGGCCGGGCCGAAUCACACAAUACCAACACAGUUCCUCUUCGCAUAAAAUGCGAAAGUGCAAGCGGCUCGAAAUCCAAACCCGAUAAAAUUCGUAUGAAGACAAAAACCCGCGUUGAGAAAACUGAAAUUGAUCGUGUUAGGAAAAAUCGGCACUUUAUUGGGAAUGAGGCAGAUAAUAGCGUGUCUUUAUAUCAAGAACCCAACCGAACAAGUGGCGGGCUUGGAGCUCAACGGGUUAUGAAAUCACUCAAGGGUAAGAAUGUGGUUAGAGAAGAUACUGAGGACAAAAAGGAAUUGAUUCAGGUGAAGAGUGAGGAUUUGGAUCAAGAACGUGCCCGUGGAGUGAAAAUGGGCAGAAAGGAUAAAGAGGGCCGAGUAGGAAAAUUGGGUCAAGGGGACUGUGGGCUUUUCUUAUGUCCGAAGAUUGAGGAUGACAAUGUGAAAGCUAGAUCGAGUAGGAAACAAAUGUAUGCCAACAUUACUAAGACUAAUUGUGAUGGGAGUCAUUUUGAAGAUGAUGAAAGUGAAACCAAUACUGAUUUAGAAGUUCUCGAUGAUGCUUGGGUUCGUAAGAAUUUGAGCUCCUUUGAACCUUCAAUGAGGUUUCAUAAAAGCAUGGAGGAGGAUACGAGCUUCGGUCACACAACUGGGUUCCGGAAAAAAGUCGUAGAUGCUCUGAGAAAACCUUUUGAUAAAGAGGAAUUGAAGAUGCUUCGGAAAGCAGUCAUAGAUGGGUCAUAUUAUUUUUAUUAUCCAGAUCUUGAGAGAAAAGUCAAAAGAUCCCGGUACAAGCGGGGGAAAUGCUUGAACAUCCUUCGCGGAUUUUUCUUCUGGAUCCAAAACGUGUCGCAAGCAGGAUCAUUUAAACCGUGGAAAGAUGGUCAAUGCCUUGCAGUCGAGCCAGGAUCCACAGAAAAAUACCAACCUCACACUGCCGCCGCCUCAAGAGCCCAUACCAUCUGCACACCACUGUUCGCAAGGCGCCAAAGACUAGCCACUGAGAGGUGUUUGCUGCUUUCGAUAUUUACUAUCAUGGCACGGCAUUUCGAAAACCUUGAUAUGUUGAACGACGUGAAAAAGUUAAAGGCAAAAAGCAAACACUCGGCAGAUAAUAAUGGAUUGGCAGAGCUCAAAAGAAUCACGGAGAAGAAAAACACAGACCCCAACUACAAGCAAAUGCUGCGCCUUAUCAUGAGCAGGGCCGAAUCCCAUGAACAGCCCAACACUCGAAAUAAAUUCAUCGAUUAUGAAAAAAACAAAAGUGAUCCCGCGUGGCCGAAUGGCUCGAGAAACAGACUUCUGUGGGUCCCACAUGGAAAGCACGAUUCUGGCCGCCGCAAACAUCGCACAAAGACUAAAAAACUUGUUGAAAUCGAUCGAGCAAAGGAAAAUGUGAAUCUGGUGGGGUAUUAUUUGGAUAGCGUGCCUUUUUACCAAGAACCCGAUCGAAAAAGUAGUCAGCGCACAAAAAUGAAGAAUACUCGACAGGUUAUUAGUAAAUCGCGCAAAGGGAAGAAUGUGGUUGGAGAAGACAGUGAGGAGACAAAGCCCUUGGUUCGGGUAAAAAGGGAAAAGCUGGAUUGCAAAUGUGCGCAUACAGUGAAGCCAGGUAAAAAGGAUAAAGCGGGCCGUGCAGGAAAACUGAAGCAAGGGCAGAAUGGACAUUUUUCAAGUCUGAAGGCUGAGGAGUGCAAUGUGAAAGCUCGAUCCAGUUGGAAACGAAAGACUGGUUUGGAAAUUCUGGACUACACGGUGCCUUCGAAGAGGUUUCGUAAAAGCAUUGAAGAGAACACCAAUUUCGGUCACAUUGGUGGUUCCACAAGUGCGUCUGAUGAGUUCCGAGAGCAAGUCAUAGGUGUGCUGGGAAAAACUUUUGAUAAUAAGGAGUUAAAAAGGCUUCGAGAAGCUUUCGAAGAUGGGUCCCAACACAAGCGGAGGAAAUCCUUGAACAUCCUUCGCGGAUUUUUCUUUUGGCUCCAACAUUUGACUCGAGAAGGAGCAUUUGAACCGUGGAAAGAUAGUGAAUGCCUUACAGUGAAGCCAGCAACUCCCGAAAAGUCCCCACCAUCAAAACGUGCAAAGCAGACAAAACACAAAAGGAAGUAAAAUCCUUAGUUUUUGAAAAAAACAGCUCGUUCGGAAUGGAAACGUAAGAGCUUUGCAGUAAUUUUCUCUUCAUCAGGAAAGAGAAGCCAGA